UGGGUCGUAGCUCACUUCCGACGGCACCAACAACAGCUGUUGGCACAGAAUGAAGUUCACCGUCGCUAUGACAGCGACGUGCGCCACUGUCAUGGCCUUAAAACAGCAGAGGUUAACCUUCGGGCCGGAAGAGGUUCCGGUUGAAGCAGCUUGGGGUCACAGGAGCGUGGUCAGCACCGUGCACGGCCUGACCUUGCUGUUGGCCCUCGCAGCUAUCAGCACGAUGGCCAUCGGCUUGGGCAUGUUUUACUACCAGGUGGUUUCAGACGCAGAAGCCUUGCUGAAGACGCGCACGCGAAAAUUCGGCGAUUCCAACGCAGAAGGAGCGUGUUGCGAUGCAACCUAUGGUGGGGCCUUGUUGGACCCUUCGCAGGCCAAGUUCAAGGGCAAGCUGAAGGACUGCGUAAACAAUGGGCUCACUCAACCGCGCACCAUUUUGGUGGCAGCAUGAGGCGCCCCAGAUGCUGAGCCGCUUCGCCUGAUAGCCUCGCAUAGCCAGAUCUUCGCUCAUCGGG